UUUUUUUUGUUUCACUUUUUUAGGCAUAGUUUUAGGGCAAAGGUUGUUUUUUAUAAAACUUAAAUUUCAAUUACAGAAAUUAUUAUAAUUAAAAGUGCUAAAAUAACUUUUAAAUAAACGCUUCGAACCUGUGGAUAGUAGGUUCAAACCAAGCACAGUAAGACAGUAUUACACUUAAGCAAAUAACAUCAUAUAAAUGAUUGGAGUUGUACUGGUUAAGACAAUAGUCAUUCGUUGCCAUGGAUCCUGUGAACAUCGAUAGAUCCUAUGGUGUAGAAUACAUUCCUCAAAGAGGUAGCAGCCUAGGCCUUGAACCUUCUACGUUAAUAUCCAUGCUGGCGUUCCUAGCUUUUCUCCUUCACGCUCUUAUCAUUUUGCUCAUACCGACUUUGAAAUCGUUUUUCGCCGGGCCCUUGUUCAACAACCAUGGAUACGGCGGCGGCGGUUCGUUCAACGGUGGUGGAUACGGCAACGGACUGGCCGGCGGUGGAUUCAACGGUGGCGGUUUUGGCGGCGGUCCCGGGUUCGGCACUGGCGGCUUUGGCGGAAGUUUCGGCUAUGGAGCAAUACCGUCCAUCCUGGGCGGUGUCAACGGCAUAUUGGGCACGGGACUGUUGGGCACGACCGGUUUGCUGGGCACCGGAUUGUCCGGACUGUUCGGACCCGGCGUGGCCGCGGGCAGCCUUUUGGGAGCAGGACUAGGCGGAACGGCCGGAGCGGGAACAGGAGCAGCCGGUUUAGGAACGCCCAAAUUUCGUUUAAAGAGCCGCAUGGAUAACGAGGUAAUAAAACCUGAUACUGAGGACACGGCCGGGAUAGGACGGGCCUUAAUGGCAAAUAAUAUAGCGACAAAAUGUUAUUUUUUAUUUUGUUUUCCUAGACAACUAAAAUACAAUAACAACAAUGACUUAUUGUUUCGCCGAAUAAGAAAAAAAACUGGAUCAAGUAUAAUAAAAAUAAAAAAUAUUUACCGGAUCACGUCAAACUUACACUAG